UCCUUUUUCCUCUUACAAUCUACAUCCAUCAAAACCACAUAAGUUUUUCUUCCCAUCUCUUCAACAAUUUUAGUUUCAUAAUGUUCAAACUUCUCUUCCUAGUUAUUUCACUCUUCUUUCCAUUUUAUUCUUCUUCUUCAUCAUCAUUACAUCCCUUAGUUGUUGACUCUGAAAAAUUCCAUCUUAAUUCUACUGCCAUUUCCGAUUUUCGACUUCUCAAUCGAAGGAGUUUGAUAAGUUGUCCUAUAAAUCUAAACCCUUAUAUCAAACUUGAAGUCAUCUCCAAAUCCAAGGAUGGUCUUUUGGAUGAGGAGUUCCUGGAUGUCGUUGUUAGUGGAGUUUCGAUUCCGUCAAUUGAUCAUUGGGUCGCUUUGAUCACACCAUCAAAUGCAAAUGUUGAUGGCUGUCCAGAGAGCAAAGCUCUUUAUCUCCAAACGGGUGAUUUAAGUUCCCUUCCUCUACUUUGUCAUUAUCCAGUCAAGGCAGUUUAUUUAAGGAGUGAUCCAGAUUACCUACAAUGUAAAAAGAGGGAAUGCAAGAAAAGAGUGGGAAACAAUUGCGUAAUACAGACAUGUAAUGCCACCGUGUCAUUCCACGUCAUAAACUUCAGAACCGACGUGGAAGUGGCCUUGUUUGGCGGCGGCUUUACCUCCCCUUGUCUUUACCUCAGAUCACAACCUCUCCCUUUCCUCAAUCCUAGCGCUCCAUUGUACGGACAACUCUCUUCUCUUGAUUCCACUGCCACUUCUAUGAGAUUGAGUUGGGUUAGUGGAGAUCAAAAUCCCCAACAAGUUCAAUAUGGGAAAGAUGGAACAAGAAAGACCUCUAUAGUUUCUACUUUUUCCCAAAAUGAUAUGUGCAAUACAUCACGCAUCCAAAGUCCAGCAAAGGAUUUUGGCUGGCAUGACCCAGGAUUCAUUCAUUCAGCAGUAAUGACACAACUUCAACCUUCUACCACCUAUUCUUAUACAUAUGGAAGUGAUUCAGUUGGUUGGAGUAACCAAACAACAUUUAGGACACCGCCGGCUGGCGGCGGAGGAAAUGAUUUUCAUUUCAUUGCAUUUGGUGAUAUGGGAAAGGCUCCUCUUGAUUCUUCUUCAGUUGAGCAUUACAUUCAGCCAGGGUCGAUCUCAGUGGUGGAAGCAAUGAAAGAGGAAGUAGAAAGAGGGGAAAUAGAUGGAGUGUUUCAUAUUGGAGAUAUAAGUUAUGCGACUGGUUUCUUAGUUGAAUGGGAUUUCUUUCUUCAUCUUAUUAAUCCCAUUGCUUCUCGUCUUCCUUACAUGACUGCCAUUGGUAACCAUGAGAGGGACUAUCUUAAAUCAGGGUCAGUAUACUCAUUGACAGAUUCAGGAGGAGAAUGUGGAGUUCCAUAUGAAACAUAUUUUCAAAUGCCAAAUUAUGGUAAAGAUAAGCCUUGGUAUUCCAUUGAAAUGGCUUCCAUUCAUUUCACUAUCAUUUCUACUGAGCAUAAUUUCUCUAUCAAUUCGCCCCAGUAUGAAUGGAUGAAAAGUGACAUGGCAUCUGUUAAUAGGUCAAGAACACCAUGGCUUAUAUUUAUGGGGCAUAGACCCAUGUACUCUUCCAUACGAAGCAUUCCUCCUAGUGUAGACCCCUACUUUGUUGAUGAAGUAGAACCACUUCUCCUCCAAUAUCAGGUUGAUUUGGCUUUGUUUGGACAUGUUCAUAACUAUGAAAGAACAUGUUCUGUGUUUGAAGAUAAUUGCAAAGCAAUGCCUUUCAAAGAUUCAAAUGGGAUUGAUACUUAUGAUCAUAACAACUACACUGCUCCUGUUCACGCAAUCAUUGGCAUGGCUGGAUUCGAGCUCGAUGAAUUUUUUCCAAUCAAUGUAGAGAGAUGGAGUUUGGUUAGGGUUAAAAAGUUUGGUUAUUUGAGAGGACAUGCAACCAUGGAGGAGCUAAGUUUAGAGAUGGUGAAUGCUGAUACAAGAGAAGUAGAGGAUAGUUUCAAGAUUAUAAAAAGUUCAAAUUCCACACCCAAAACAUGAACUCCUUAAUUAAUUUCAUCACCAUUAAUAUAGAAUUAAUAAAUAGUCAAGAUCAUAUAUAUAUCAGUAUGGACUAAUUAGCUAGCUUGCCAAGAACUAUUUGUUAAUUAUUAGAAUAAAUUAAGCAUAAAGUGUAUGAAUUAAGACUUUGUCUUAUUGAAAUAUUAUUCUACUUCUAAAUGGAUAUGCCUAAAUAAUAUAUAUGAAUGCUAUGCUACAAAAAAAAAAAAAAAAAAAAAAAAAA